UGUCUUCUAAGAGUUUUAUGGUUUCAUGACUUACAUUCAGGUCUUUGAUCCAUUUUGAGUUUACUUUUGUGUAUGGGGUUAGACAAUAAUCCAGUUUCAUUAGGCAGAUAAUGUUUUCAUGGGCGUGGGCAGCUGGAGCUUGGACUCUGCUGGGUAGCAGGUCCUGGGCCUAAUUUUCCUGGGUCCUGUGCUUGCCCUGUCUCCCGGAACUGUGUGACCGAGACUGCCCUUGGCCUCAAUUUGCCCAUCUGAAGCUUUACCCUUCUCCUCUCCCAUCUCCUUUGGUUGCGGUGAAGAAUGGAGAGAAUUCAUUGGGAAACAGUGAAAGAAACUUCUUGAUGCCUAAUGAGUCUGGAGCUCGUCAGCAGGGAUGGGCGGGGCUAGAAUCUGGGGAGCCCAGGAGUCACGCCUGCCCAGCUGUGUUUGAGCAAGUGACCUGGCAACGGGACCUGCCUGGCAAACACGCGGGCCUCCCGGCACCCCUUCUACCGACUGUCUGCAGGCUGCUAUGCUGCUGCUCAGGCCCCCCGCGCUGCUGCUUGCUCUGGUAGUCUGCGACAUCCACUGCCUGCCCUGGUUCGUAAAUGUCUCUGAGAGCCAGGGGCCUGGCACGGUCCUUGAGUCCUUCUCCUUCAACUGCUCGUCUCAUGUGCCUACCCUGGAGCUGCUCCAUGUGCAGCCACCCACCACCUUCUUCAACCCACCCAGCCUGACCAGGUGGCAGGGGAUCUAUGUGGGCAUGGUUACCCUGAGCAGCUCAGCCCGGCUGGAUGCCCUAGCAGUGAACCACUAUGAGCUGUGGCUGCGGUUCACGUGUGGCACUCAUGUGAUGGAGGGACCCCUCUCUGUGGAUGUGCAGCGGGACCCCGGCCAUAUCCAGUGUGCUGGCCGAUUUGCCAGCCCAGCUGGCGAAAUCAUCCAGGUGCCGGAAACUGUCCCACCUGGCGCCCAGCUAUACACUCUGCUGCUCCCAGGCCUGGAACUCCAGGGUGCCCAGGUGAGCAUCACCAGUGCCCAGGACCCUGCACACUUCCCCGGAUCUUUCUCCAUUGAUGGGCAGGGUUGGCUGCGGGCACCGCCCCAGGGCCUCAAAGGCCAGGCUCCAAAGGCUUUCCAGCUCCACAUCGUGGUGACCUUCGGACAAAACCGGAGCUGUCAUGGGGUGCUGAGAGUGGACGUUCUGCCUGUCCCCUCCAGCCAGGUCUCCUUCCUGGAGCAGGCCCAGAACAUCACCAUCCCCGAGAACCUGGCCCCCGGGAGUAAGGUGGCUCAGGUCCGCGCCCAGGGCUCUGACGUGCGCUACGAAAUCCUCUCCCCAGCACCAUGCCCACUCUUCUCCAUCGGACGUGACGAUGGUGUGGUCCGGUCCACUGCACCCCUGGAGCUGGCACAGGCCCCAGGUACAGCAGUUACUAGGCUGCAGGUGAAGGCCUAUGAGCGACUCCGGCCCUGGGCCAGUGUCAAACAGGACCUCAUGGUGAAUGUGCGGUCGGUCAACCGCUGGCCUCCACGCUGCCUUCCAGCGCUACUGGUGACACAGAUCCCGGAGACCACGCCUGUGGGCACCGUGCUGACCACCUUCACUUGCACUGACCCGGACUCCCCUGGCUCUGCCCUUGACUUCCAGCUGCUGUCCCACAGCCCUCCUGGCCCAGCCAGCCUCUGCCUUCGAGACAGGGUCCUGGAGGUGCCCAGCCCAUUCCCAGUCCCCCUGCUGCGUGCCUGGGACAGGAAGGGGGGAAGACCAAGGGUGAAUGCCACACUGGACUGUGACACUCCUGGGGUGUGCUUCCAGCAUGCAGCCUCCAUCCUGGUCCUCGAUGGGGGCCAGCCCCUGAUGACCACUGAGGUGCCAGUGCUGGUGACGGUGACACCUGUCAACGAGUUCUCCCCAACCUGUGCUCCACGCACGUUCCGUGUUCGGGAGGAUGCGGGACCCCACACUCUGCUGGGCUCUGUGGUGGGCACGGACGCGGAUUAUCCGCAUGACAGCGCUGAGUACUACGUCUCCGGCAGGCCCGUUGUCUUUGCUGUGGACCGUCUCAGCGGAGAGGUCCGCCUCCUGGGGCGGUUGGACUACGAGCUGCAGAGGUCGUACAGGCUUGCUGUCCUGCUGGCAGACCACAGCCAAGACCAGGACCCCACCCACCGCCGCUCGGGCUCCUGCACCAUUACCAUCGAGGUUGAGGUGGUUCAGCCCCAAGGCCUUGGCGAGGGCUCAGACUUUAGCGUUCUGCUCUCCCGCUGUACCUCAGUUCCCUCCAUUGGUUGGCUAGACAGGGUGGUGCCUUCCUGUGGAAAGCCGUGCAGCCCGGGGCCUGACACCUGGGCUGUAGCGGGAAGAGGCGGAGGCACUGGCCUAGGGGUUUGGAAAGUGGGUGGCCUGACUGCCUUCCUGCAGGACGUGAAUGACCAUGCUCCCGAGUGUGAGCCCCCACUGCAGGAGCUCACCGUCCAUGCGCCCCUGGGCCGUCGUGUGGAAGUGACCAACCUGUCAUGUUGGGUACCCCAGGAGCCACAACGCCUGGCCUUCUCCUACAGCAUCGUGGCAGGGAAUAGCCGGAGCCGAUUCAGACUGCAAGGAGCUGCCUUGGUGCACAGUGAAGCCACGCUGGGACCCCCCUGGCCAGAUCAGCCCCAUACUCAGGAGCUCUUGAUCCGUGUGGCCGAUGCAGGUCCCUCCAUCCCCCACCUCAGCACCACAGCCACAGUCAUUGUGCAUCUAGUCCCCUGGAGGGCCAGCACAGAGGCCACCAGCACCCACAGAGCCACGGUGCCUUCAGGGGUGACACCCCUGCUCGUGACAGACACAGAGGCUUUCUGGCAGCCGGAGCCCUGGUUCGUGGUGGUGCUGACGGUGACGGGCGCCCUUCUCCUCGCGGCUCUGGGCUGGCUCCUCUGCAGGCCCCUCCAGGGGUUGGCCCAGGUGAUACAGGCACCAAGCAAACCAGCCCAGUGUCUUCUGCCAAACAGCACCCAGGGAACCCAGGGGUCCAUGGAGGGGUUCGUGGUGGCACCAAGGAUGCAGAUGCCCCAGCAACCCAGCAGCGUCCCAAGCCUGCAGCAUUUUGAUGGCAGAGCGCAGGAUUCCCGUGAGUCCCUGCUUCCUAACCAUUAUCCACCUGGGCCCACUUUCUCUCCUUUUCCCACCUCAGUAUCUCCUCCUACCACCAAUCCACUGUCUGAUCUUUCCCUGAAUGGAGUCUGUCCUCAGCCCUCCUCCCCUGUCAGCCAGUGUUUGUCAAGCACCUGUGGGACCAGGAGAUGACUCAGCCCUGGACUGGUUUCUGACCACAAGGGAAAGGGGGAAGGUGGAGAGGCCCCAGGACACUCCACUGUCAACCAGUGAAUUAUGGCAGAGUAACCUGGCACUGGGCUUAGAGGGGAGCUGGGGUCCAGUUUUGGGGAUUCGAGGAUACUUCCUAUACAUUUGAGCCAGACCUGAAAAGAUGUGCUGAGAAGGCAGGAAGGGUACAGGCUGGAUCAAGCAGAAGUUGGGGGGGUCACACCAAGGGUCCUGGAAUGUCUCCCCUUCCCUUAGCGGAAGGAGGGAGGCAGUUCUUCUGAGACCAGUUCUCUCUCCCUCCCGACCACCUGAGCUCAGGUACAGGCAGAGAUUACCUGUUCAACACGCGCACGGGAGCCCGGCGUUGGCUCUGAGGCCGAGAAGCUGCUUCACUUUGUGGAAUUGUUCAUGUGAUCAUGGGCUGUGAUUUCGAGUUGAUUCAAUAAUAAACAAAAUUACAAACAG